GGCGGGGCCCGCGCGGGAAAGUCCCUUGGGCUGAGCGGCGCAGCGGGGUUUUGGCCAAAUUGGGCCAGGGCACAAAAUAACCACUUACCCCUUCUCACCGAGGAGGAACGGGAGAAAGGGCAUGGCUCAGUCCCAAGGCUGGGUGAGAAGGUACUUCAAAGCCUUUUGUAAAGGCUUCUUUGUGGCGGUACCUGUGGCAGUGACUUUCUUGGAUCAAGUUGCCUGUGUGGCAAGAGUGGAAGGAACAUCGAUGCAGCCUUCUUUGAAUCCUGGGGGGAGCCAGUCAUCUGAUGUGGUGCUUUUGAACCAUUGGAAAGUGAGGAAUUUUGAAGUACAACGUGGUGACAUUGUGUCAUUAGUGUCCCCUAAAAACCCAGAACAGAAGAUCAUUAAGAGAGUGAUUGCUCUGGAAGGAGAUAUUGUAAAAACUAUAGGACACAAAAACCGCUAUGUCAGAGUCCCCCGUGGUCACAUCUGGGUUGAAGGUGAUCAUCAUGGACAUAGUUUUGACAGUAAUUCAUUUGGGCCGGUUUCCCUAGGACUCCUGCAUGCCCAUGCUACACAUAUCCUGUGGCCUCCAGAACGCUGGCAGAAAUUACAGUCUGUUCUUCCUCCAGAGCGCUUGCUGGUUCAGAGUGAAGAGGACUGCCUUCAAGGAUCCCCCUAAGCUGCUGCCCUGGAGAAACACCACUACCACCAAUCACAGGAAGUGGGAUGAAGAAGAACAACAGCGAAAAGGGCAAAGCUUCUUGCAAGAAAUAUUUCUAUCACAUUAAGAUGAUCUGUAUUAUUAGAGAGAGUUUUAAAAUAUUAAACAGUAUUAAAUAGCACCUGAUUUUAUGUUAAAUUGUAAUACCGUGUUUAAUGUCCCCAAAAUGCAGACUUUGGGAAAUAUGAAAAUUUUAUUCCCAAAUGUCUCAAAGGGGAUACAUUUUGGAUUUUUAUGCAUACAUGUUCCAUUCAUUGUUAGAUUUUGAUUUUGGAGCUUUCUGCUGGAAGAAUAUGAAAAGUAAUAUUUGAUGAAAGUAGCUUCAUUUACUCUUAAGAUGGAACAUGAAGAAACAUUAUACACACAGUGAUAGGAAUUGCAUUAUAAUUGACAGUAUCUACAAUGCAGUGACUGCCAGUUAGGAAGAACAGGAAACUAUGAUGCAGAAAUAAAACAUU